AUGGUGGCAUCCCUAACCAAGUCGAUCAAACCAAGAUCGGACGCAUCAAGUGCAGAAGCAAUAGCCCAGCAAGACGAGGAACAGCACAGCAACCACGAAUUCUCCCCAGAGUGCGACGCGUCAACUUUGUCAGACGCAAACAUUGCCUUGGCUUCAGCAUGGCUCAAGAUAUGCUCGGAAACCCACACUGCCUGCCGAGACGCUAUAUCCACCUCGUAUCUACCCACGCGCCUAAUCAACAUUGUCAAUCCAAGCCAUCCCUUUCUGGAAGACAGUGAGGUCGUUAGCAUACGUACAUACGCCACGCUGAGCUAUGUAUGGGGUAACGUCACGAAAAGAUACGUAACCAACUCUGGAAAUUUCGAGCAGCACUACAACUCAAUCCCACGAUGUGACCUUCCGCAAACUUUCCAGGAGGCCAUUCACCUCGCUUCUCGAUUGGGGUUUAAAUAUAUCUGGAUAGAUGCUCUAACGAUUAUCCAGGACUCAGUCGAGGACUCACGCACAGAGAUUGCACGAAUGGGCGAUGUGUAUAAACAGUCUGCGUUGACAAUAUUCGCUGGCGCUGGACACAACGUUGAUGCGGGCCUGUCUAUGACACGAGAUCCCAGAUUGACCAAGCCUUGUCAACUGGACUUUGCAGCUACUGUUGGAGACGAGACGCAUCAAAUUUCAGCGUACGUGCAAUCCUUGCCCGAAAGAAGUCCGUGUCCGCUGGAUACUAGGGGAUGGAUUCUGCAAGAGGAGGUGCUUGCGCCACGACGACUGGUUUUUCGGCAUUCAGAGAUGCAGUGGACAUGCCGGAGCUGUGAGCUGUCAGAAAGCAUGCCUAUUACCCAUGCGGCAUCUCCUGAUACCCUCGACGACGUUAAAAAGGGCCUUGUUGGACGUAAACCUGAAAUGGUCACAACAUAUUUACCACUAUUGCAUUUUUGGCUGGACAGCACCAAUGCACCAGACGCUUCACUCCAUGCAACUAAAGGCCUAUUUGAAACAUGGUACAGAGUCGUAGAAGCCUUUUCGCGCCGAUCCUUGAGCUACAGUUCCGAUGUACUACCAGCUCUUGCCGGUCUUGCAACCAUUUUUGCAGCCAAUCACCAUAUCUUUUACCUGAAUGGGAUCUGGAAAGAAGACUUUACAUCUGGUCUAUUAUGGGCCGUGAGUAGCAGUCGCAAGGACGAGCAUCCUGGUCCACAAGUCCAAGAUUCAAUGACCAGGCUGUCGCUCUGCUCGAUCUCGUGGAGUUGGGUGUCUCAGUGGGGUGAGAACAUCAAAUUUGAACCCAAUAAGAAAGGGAAGCAAACACAUGUUCUUUACAGCGUCAAGGUGGAUGCUAUUACCAGCGAUGAGAACUCAGAGUAUGUUCAACCGACUAUGGACAUGCAAGGCAUAGUCAACAGGUCCUUGACACUGUAUGGGCGCUGCAUCGAUCUUGAGAUCGGCAGGGUGUUGGUAACCAAAGAGAGAAAAAUGCUAUGGCAGAAGUCACGACAUACCGCAUUCCAUUACAACAAUUAUCUGGAGAUGGACUACAGUAAGCGAGCUAGGCCAGUCGUCGAGUCAAAGCGGCAGAUAGCUUAUGGAUGGCUGCUUCUCGACUCUAGUCUUGUCGACACUCCGACAAACAACAUCAAAUUUUGCUUGUGCAAGGUUCUGGAUUCUGGAAAUCGAUCGAAAAAUACAGAAGAAUCCCGUUCCAGAACCUCGCAAGUCGGAAGCAUGCUACACAAAAGUAUCCUCUCCAAUCCGAGAUUACGCAAGGCGAAGGCACGGAUAGAAGAAUCGACUCAGCGGCCAGGACCAGCGGAGAAAGUCCAAGCUUGCUUUACAUUACUUGGGCUGGCCUUAGUCCCAACGAAUAGCGAUGGACAUUACAGAAGGGUGGGGCUCUUGAAGACUUGCAUCCAUUUCGAUGAGGAGAUCACCAAAGUUCCAAACUUCGCUCCUUUGGAGCAUUUACCACAUCCUUGGCACCACGCCCAAGGAGAGACUUUCACGCUGGUAUGA